UUGCAAUCAAUUUGGCUUCGCUCAGAAUGGCUGGAAUGGCGUCCACCAAAUGUGCAUUUAGGUGGACAGCCACAUUGAAUUUUAGUUCGUCCAAGUUUGCAGCUAGCUCAGAUGGCAGUCAAAAAAGUGCCCCCAAUUUUCCCUAUAGAGUUGACGCCCCCUGGAAUUGCCGCCAGCAUCAACCGUCAACAACCACCAUCUUGAGCUUCCUCGCCGUUUCGACGAAAUUUAAUAUGUACAAUCUUUUAUAGUGUUUAACCUCUUGUGUGCUCUAUAGGAGUUAGGUUAAGUUUACUGUUGAGUUUACCGAAGGAAACCCAAACUAUGCACGUAUCGAUACAGUAUAAAAUAUUUGAAUCAUGCCAAAAGUUUCUUCGGCAACCUAAAAUAGAACAGUUAGUUGAAAAAUGUCUAGUGCAUAAGGAUUAAUCAUUGUUCUUAUCGUGGCAAUCUAUGUAAUUUCUGGGUGACAUUUGGUGAGAAGAUGUUGACGCGACACACGAUAAUCGCAGAAUCUAAUCCGGCCGCAACGGUGCCAAUAAAUAUUGUUGCUACCGAAGAUGGUCGAGCGUUAUUAGCAAUGACAGAAGACAAAGAUGGUCUAUUGGAAGUUAUCGCGACCCCGGUUACGCUCAUUGGUCAUAAUGGUACAGCUAUGUCGUUGAUGGAUGUCAAGAAUCUUAAUAGUUGUUUGAUAUUACAACCGUCUCCUUUCCAAAUCAAUUUGGACAAUGGCGAGAGUUCAGAACUUGAAAGAUCCAAGCAAAUUCUCCAAGUUGAUCCCAAUGUUCCUCAACGAAUCAAAACCAGAGUAGAUUUAGAUACGAUGCAUCAUUUCCUUGAUAACGAAUCCUUGCAGCAAGAGAAAAUCGAUGAAAUUUCUAAAGGGAAAUCAACAGGCAUGAUUACAAAACCAAAUAGUCCUGGACGACCCAAAAAGAACAGUGCUAUUUCAUUGAAAGGGAAAGAAAGUUUAAGAUGUGACAUAUGUCAACAAGAAUUUACGAAGCAAGCACCAUAUAGAAAGCACAUGGAGAAUCAUGCCGAAGAAAAGCCACACCGCUGUCCAAAAUGUUCAGCAUCUUUCAAUGUACCGACCAACUUUACGCUUCAUAUGGCUACACAUAAUUCUGGUGAUCCAAAAUGCCCGGAAUGUGGUAAAAAAUUUACAAGAAUGGCCAGCUUGAAAUCUCACAUGUUGUUACAUGAAAAGGAAGAAAAUUUGUUCUGUACAGAGUGUGAAGAUGUUUUUUCAACUAAAACUCAAUUAGAUGCACAUUUGAAACUUCAUGGAGAAAAGUGGACAACGGAAGAAGCCAGAAAAUGUAAACUGUGCAAUAAACAGUUCAGACAACCGGCACUGUAUCGACUUCAUAUUCGUGAACAUUACAGAUUGCAGACAAAGGUAGUAAAGCAAACGAAAAGAGGAGCAAAACAUAAAACAGUGUACAAAUGUACAAUAUGCUUAAAGUCCUUCCAAAAGCCGAGCCAAUUAAUGCGUCACAUUCGAGUGCAUACGGGUGAAAAACCUUUUAAGUGUACGGUGUGCGGGCGUGCAUUCACGCAAAAAGGUUCCUUGCAAAUUCAUACGUGGCAGCACAACGGUAUACGACCACAUGCUUGUGAACUCUGUGAUGCCAGGUUUAGUCAAAAAGGCAAUUUAAAUGUUCAUAUAAUGAGAGUUCAUAACGUACCAGAGGAAGAGCCUAUAUACAGGUGUAACUACUGUUCUUGCGUGUUUAAAAAGCUUGGCAGUUUAAACGGACACAUGAAACGUAUGCAUACAGGAGUGAACGAGGACAGUGCCACCGUUAAAAUCUCCCAAACAACAGACACCAUGGAAUCGGACAUUCGGGCAACUGUGAACAACGUUAUAACGCAAUUGGCAUCUUUGGAAUCUAAUACAGACGAAGUUGGAAAACCGGAAAAUUCUGGAGAGAAUGGAUUGUUAUCAAACGACCCUACCAAGAAAGAUAUUCUACAACAAGCUCUGAAAAAUAGUGGACUACCUAGCAAAAACAAAACUUUUUACGACGGUUCAACGGAAACGAAAAAGUUGGAUGCACGCACAAAUUUUGUUACCUUACUGGACAGGGCACCGGACAGUGGUACUAGAAAAUACUUGACAAUAAAACAACGGUGUGUAGGAAAUGUAAGAUGGUACGCGUGUACCUUUUGCCAUAAAGAAUUUAAAAAACCAUCAGAUCUGAUACGCCAUCUACGAGUGCAUACACAGGAAAAACCAUUCAAGUGCACGCACUGUUAUCGUUCGUUCGCUUUGAAGUCUACCAUGAUAGCGCACGAACGUACACAUACAGGUACCAAGAGAUACGCCUGCAAUUCUUGCGAUAAAACGUUCACGUGCCACAGUAGCUUGAUUAUUCAUACAAGAUCCCAUGGGAACUCGGACGACUGUUUUAGUAUAUCGAUUGAUAACGAUAGCGGCGCUGGUAUCGAUCACGAUAAAGAUAGUGCUGAUAUUGAUGCAACACACAACGUUGCCGCUCGUUCUAAUGAUCGAUCGAAAAUAAAUGCAAGCAAUAAGUCAAAAAUGUCUCCAAAAACGGAGAAUUUCGUAUCUCAAGUGGUGUUGCAGGAGCCAUUGGUAAUCAGUGACUCCGGAAACAAGAUAUGCGUGGUGCAGAUACCUUCGAAAAGAUGUGUUUACGAUGCAGCAGUCGAUCCAGCUAGACCGCAUAAAUGUUGGGUGUGCCAAGCGGCAUUUAGAAAAAUAAGUCACUUGAAACAACAUCAUCGACGACAUACUGGAGAACGUCCGUACAGGUGUUCCAAGUGCGACAGGCGAUUCACGUCAAACAGUGUUUUGAAAUCGCAUUUGCACACACACGAAGACUCUAGACCUUAUGGAUGCUCCAUUUGUACCGCGAAAUUCUCUACGCAGAGUAGCAUGAAAAGACAUUUGGUUACUCAUAGUAACAAACGACCAUUCAUGUGUCCAUAUUGUCACAAGACGUUCAAGACUUACGUUAAUUGCCGCAAACAUAUGAAAAUACAUAAACACGAGCUGGCUCAACGGCAACUGGAACAACAUAAACUUGGGUCCCAGGAUGAGAUUGCAAACAAAUUGAAUACAACGGAGAAUUCUAGGCAAGAGAUAACAUCCGAAUUUCCCUGCUGUUCUUCGUCUAAUUUUUCUGCUGGUAACACUAACGAUACUCCGCUUGUCACAACUGCGAGAACUGACGCCGACACUGUUGUCGCAACAACAUCCACGUUUUCCGAUAAUCUUACACCCACUUCGGUUGACGUAUCUUUUCAAGAACGAAUGGAAUCAAACUUUCCACAAACUUUUCCCCAUCAAUUCCAAGAAAAUAUGACGGAAAUAACUGUGACAAAUUUAGAAAAUCCACAGAUGUUGCACAUCGAUGAAAGCGGAUCGGUUACAUUGCCAGUUUAUUCAACUGAUCAAGCUCUAACACCGGAGAGCAUACAAGAAAUCGAAGAAACAUUGAACCAACAGCUUUUCAACAUUGGGAUGAACCUUAAUUUGGGAAACGACCAUUCAAAACAUUCGUGCGAUAAUAGUGAAUUGCAGAAUAUGAAACUACAACAUCAGCAACCCGCGUUAAAUGUCAUUUACACGAGUAGUAACAAUUCUAAUAAUGGUGCCAACACCGAGCAGUCUGGAGAGCAAGUGUUCGCGUCGCAACUAGAUUCGUUCGAGAUGGAUCAUAUUACUUUACAACCGGAAACUGAAAUUACACUAGAUAAUAUUGGCCUCGAUGCGAAUAAUUCGACGAGUAUGGCAAGCAUAUUGCCACAAACUGUAAAAGGAGAACUGUCGAAUCAACUUGCCAUUUCUGCUGUUUCGUCUGAGAAUUUGACCGAUAGUCACCAAGCAAGUAGGUACAUGCAGACCGUGUUGUUAAUUUCCGAGGAAAAUCUUCCAGAAAAAGUAAAUACAAGCAACCAACUGGAAAUGUGUGAGGCCGAGAAGAAUACGAAUACAACGUUCUUAACAAAAGAAUUUCGGAGAAUGUCCAAGCUUUCGUCAAAGAUUCAGAAAGACUCAUUACCCUCCGAGAUCUCUGAGAACGACGAAAUCAACGCGAAUCAAUCCCCUCGAAGAGUGUCUCUGUUGCAGUGUCAUAUGUGUAGUCAGCAGGGAUUCACAGCAUCCAAGUUGAAGGAACACUUGAAGAUCCAUCGCGGGAAAAAAGAGUAUCAGUGUACGGAAUGCUCUUCGAGAUUUUACACGAAUGGUGGAUUAAAUAGGCACUCUAAGAUACAUACAAAUAAACAGCAUUGGAAGUGUUCAUCAUGCGAAAAAUAUUUUGCUAAUAGAACGCAAUUGCGAUCGCAUAGCAGAGUUCACGAAAGCUUCUCGUGGAACGAGAAGGAUGUUUCAAUUUUGUCGCAAAUACGGGCAACAGUAGAUAACGAGUCAUCAUUGAAUGAUGUCGUGAUAGAUUCGGAUUCAACUGUGUCUGAAAGAGUUCUGCUGGACACAGUUGCGGAACGGGAGGUAAUGGAUCGAGUAGAAUAUGUAGCAAUGGAAAAAAAGGAACAAAAGGAGUAUACGAAUAAAUGUAAAUUUUGUCCAAAAACGUUUCGUAAACCAAGCGAUCUCGUCAGACACGUCCGUACACACACAGGGGAGCGCCCAUACAAGUGUGAUUAUUGCAAUAAAAGUUUUGCUGUAAAAUGCACCUUGGAUUCUCAUACCAAGGUUCAUAUCGGCAAAAAGACGUUUCGUUGCCAUGUGUGCAGUAGUUUGUUCGCAACGAAGGGCAGCCUGAAAGUUCAUAUGCGUUUGCAUACCGGUUCGAAACCUUUUAAAUGUCCCGUCUGCGACUCGAGAUUUCGUACCUCGGGUCACAGAAAAGUACACUUGUUGAAACACGCCCGAGAGCAUAAAGGUACCUUUAAGAGGAAACAGAAACAUUUAAAAGUUGCUGCCAUUGCAGAAGUUGCUAUGGCGGCUAAUAUUGGAAAACCUGACGACGCAAGGCAACAGAAGGUGUGCAGCUACGGAGAAGAACAAGAACAGCAUAAUCAUCAUUACGAGCAGGCGUCGCAAACAACAAAUACAGAAUACUCAAAUUUACAAGCAAUUAACGUCGAAACAACUGCUUCGUGUUUAACCGAUCAAAUCACCUUUGAGUCGGAAACGUCUGUCCCAAACAAUAAUUCGAUACUAUCCCUAAACGAAGGUAACCAAUUGGUUGCCAAUUUACAUUUUCUUUUGGCGAACGGUCUCGUUACCAUACAGACCGAAGAGUCGUUACUACCGCAGCCGGUAGCGGCUGACAAUACGUUGCAUCAGCAUUCGACCGUUACCGCCGAUCCUGUCUGUACAUCGAUAAUAAAUAUUUCACCAGAGAUCACUAGCAGUGAUCAGCAGCAAGGUAUUGCUGUUAAAGAAGCUAUUCAUGCGGAGAGCACAUUGAAAGCACAGCUAUCAUCUCCGUAUCAAUUAGAACCGAAUAAUUGUCUCUUAACUAGUAUUGCAACGCCAUCGCGGAUAGAACAGUUUGGAAAGGCUUCAUCCAUUGAGAAAUGUUUGUCAACAAUAGAGAAAUUAUCCACCAAAGGAAAUUCAUCAAAAAAAGAGUGCGAUGUUUGUGGAAAAACAUUCACGAAACCGUAUCAGGUUGAACGGCAUAAACGAAUUCACACGGGUGAACGUCCAUACAAGUGUGAUUUAUGCAUAAAGUCGUUCGCUCAAAAAUCCACUUUACAAAUGCAUCAGAAACACCAUACGGGCGAUAGACCGUAUCCUUGUCCACACUGUGAAUAUUCUUUCACACAGAAAGGAAAUCUUCGUACGCACAUGAGUCGCGUACAUCGGCUAAAUGCCAUCGACUCGAAGAAAGUUAAACAUAAUCAGCAAUCGUUGCAAUUGCUACAACGCAAGUUUCCUCAGAGUAAUCUGAGCGAGGUUAAAAGUCUGAAUUUAGACGAUAUACCAUUCAUUGAAUUUCUUAAAUAACGUUCCGUCGUCGUAAGAUUUUAAGAACUUACCGUUUCUUUUUUUUCUUUUCUAUUAUUGUUAUUGUUGCUGCUGCUGUUAUUAUUAUUUUUAUCCGUUGAAACAUCUCACCGAAAAAAAGUGAAAGUAACUUAAGUUUUCCGGAGAUCAGCAAUAGAGACAAUAAUACUCUCAUCGUUCUUCUUUUACACAUGAGAUAAACGUAAAACGGCGACGGUAUCGAUGUUUGAAUAUAUUUCCAUGAGAGAAAAAAAAAACGAUUAAAUCAAGCACAUUUUCUAUGUACAGAAUAUACACACUGGUAUUUAUAUAAAAAUAAAAAUAGAUUUCUAUCGUGUGGUGUAUUGCA